AUGCCAGGAAGUUCCUCUCGCAAAUACAGCGAUGACAGGAGCUUCUACGUCAAACCGCUGGUCGGGGAUGAAGACGCAGGGCUCAAGCAUGAUGCUGCCAUCUCUUCUGUCUUAAAAGAGAGGCGCAUUCUGACUAGCACGACUAGAUCCCACUGCACAAUGUCAGCACCUCACCACUCUUCCCCGGCCUUCAAAUCACCAUCUCCGUUCUUGUCCCUGGCUGUGCCUGGAACAUCCCAGAAUGAAGAAGCAAGGCCUGGCACAGCUACCAGAGAUUACGUCACCCUGACAAUGAAAAGGAAGUCAGAUGGCAUUCUAGCUAAGUGUCAGCAGCACAUCUGUACCAACAGCUGUGAUGAACCAAAGACUGAAGGUUCCCCAGAAACAGAUGAUUUUGAGGGAGUUCAGAAAGAUUUUGGCCCUGGUGAAAUGGAAAGGUCCGAGAAGAUUGAACAACUGGAGAGAAUCAUAGUAGAUCUCCAGCAAGAGGUCCUCUCCCUGAAACGGAAGGUGCAGCGGCUGGAAUCACUGUCCUUUCAGGAAGAACCCCAUAGGCAGCAAUGCGAGGUGGUGGAAUUGUUUAAUGGCUACACAAAGGAGCAUUUGAAAGAGGCCAUCCGAUUUGACCAGAAAAUCAGCACCGCCUGCAAAACACUACUCUACAAGCUGUUCACGUCCGACUAUAUACAGAGUCACUCCAUCACAGGAAGGAGAGGGAACACCUUUCGGGAGGCUAAGCCCAUGAUGGAUGAGCGGUGCAUCAAAAUCAUUAGGGUGUUACUGAAGCAGAAGUUUGGGGACCACCUGAGCGACACAGUAAUCACUGAGAAAAUCCAAAAUGUGCAGAAAGCACUCAGGCAGAAAUUUAAGACUGAAUGCCUCUGA